AUGGCCCAAUUGGAGCCUACCAAGGGAGGCUACUACCUCUGGAACUAUUUACCCUCGGUUCCUGCCGCUGUCAUCUUCCUCCUGCUCUUUCUCGGCAUGACGGCCGUGAUCUCAUGGCGCAUGUACAAGACCAAGACCUGGUUCUGCCUCCCAUUCGCGAUUGGUGGUUUCUUUGAGUUUGCCGGAUAUUGUGCACGAACCUCAGCGCACAACAAGACGGGUCGGAUCAUGCCGUAUGCCGUCCAGAACUUCUUCAUCCUGCUCGGCCCAGCCCUUUUCGCAGCAUCUAUAUACAUGUGCCUGAGCCGUAUAAUUCGCGGAAUCCGUGCCGACCAUCACUCGAUGAUUAAGCCACGGAACCUGACCAGGACGUUUGUCUCAGGAGACGUCUUGUCUUUCGUGGUCCAGGGCGGCGCUGCGGGCAUCAUGGUCACGGGGAAGAACCCGAAACUCGGCGAGGGGAUCGUCAUUGCUGGGCUGAUGAUUCAGAUCAUCAUGUUUGGCCUUUUCGCAGCCACGGCAGUCAUCUUUCAGAGGCGGAUUAAGUCCAAUCCGACGAACGAAUCCUGCGACUCGUCCAUCCCUUGGCAGAAGAGCAUGCGUAUGCUUUUUAUUGUCAGCGCUCUAAUUAUGAUCCGAUCAUGCUUCCGCGUUGUCGAGUUUGCUACAGGUAACGAUGGAUACCUGCUGGGGCACGAGUGGACGUUGUAUAUUUUUGACUCUGUUCUCAUGUUUACGGUCAUGGUUGUCUACUACCUUUGGUACCCUACGUGGAUAACUCCAGAGAAGCUGGAAGGCGAUGUAUUUCUAGCUGAACGUGAUAGCCGCACCCCAUAG